GGGAUAGGCUGGGUUCCGUCGGAUGCAACUAUUGGGUUCGGUGGAAACCCAGCCUUGCUGGAUUCGUCGAGCAGCCAAGGCUGGGUUCAUCGGAACCCAACAGAUCUGGGUUUCGACGAACCCAGCAAGGUUGGGUUCCGUCAAACCGAGUUGGGCUAGCUUCCAAUCAAACCCAGCUGGGCUAGGUUCCAAUCGAACCCAACAAGGCUGGGUUUCAACCAAACCUAGCUUUGCUGGGAAAGCUGGGUUUGCGAUUUCAAUGAAACCCAGUAACUCAAGUUCCCCAAGAAAAGAGAAGAAGAAGAAAAGGGUUAAGAUCGGUUUUGUAGAUGGAGUGGAGAUGAGAAAGCAUUCACAGAAGAAGAAGAAGAAAUGGGUUAAGAUCAAUUUUGCAAAUGGAGUGGAGAUGAGAGAGCAUUCAAAGAAUAAGAAGAAAUGGGUUAAGAUUGAUUUUGUAGAGAGUGAAGAUGAGAGACCAGUUUGCAGGCAACGUGCGAUCCAUUGGAGGGGCUUUGGCAUGAAGAAGAUGACAUGUCAUAAAAAAAAAGUCCAGAUCAUCUUUUUAAGUUGUGCUCGCUAUCUAGCUGUCCAAGAAAACAGAAUGUGCAGCAAACUCACAAAGCUGGCUUUGCGUUUUGCAGCUGGCUCUACGAAGAAAGCAGAAUGUGCUGAAUCCCGUAAAGCCGAUUGCAUAAAUGGAGUGAUCUAUAGAGAGGAUUCUUAGGGUUUAUAUGUAAAGGGGUGAGGUUUGAGAGAAAUAAUCAUCUUCUUGUAAAAGGAUUGAGUGACGCUUUUAAGUCACCGUUGUUGUUGUUAGUGAAAAAUGUGGAGAAAAUCCUUGGUGAGUGAAGCCAUGGUAGAGGAUAAGGCUCCAAGUGGUUGGACCGAACCUCUAUAAAAUCAUUGAGCAUGC